ACGCAUGAUGGCUGGGGAUAGUAGUGAAAACGCGUUCUCACUACCGGUUCAGCCACAGUAUUGGAUGGUGAGUCGUCUCUCAGGCUGCGUCAGGUUACUCUAAGGCUUAUGGCGCAUCCGAGCGAGAGUCAUUGUCUCUGCGGUCCCCAGACUUCGGGCUAUGGCGUCUCGCCCUCAAUGAGCGGGUUUUCUGCGGCGUCCAGGAUCCCGAGAAUAUUUUAUACAGAGCCCGUGCCGCUCAAGAGACUCCGUCGUAGAAGCGCCGAGUGCACUUCAAGUUGUCAAGGACGGAGAUGUGCCCUGAGCAAUCACCGACGAGUAUCAGUGGCGCAUACUCCGGCCGGCUGGUUCGCCGGGUCAGGGCACUCGGUCAGUCGAGUCUUGGGAGUGAAGUGCUCAUCCUUUUAUUCUCUAGGUAGUGCCGACUGGCCGGUGCGGGCGAGACGGGCUGGAGACGCCAGGGCGGUCAAAGUCUCCGGGGCUCUAUUUGACUCGUGUUGCUUCUUCGACGCGGCAUGUCAUAGACGGAUGCCAUCGCGCGUCACUAGAUGUCACUGCCUGACACUCGGUGGUCUCCGUGACGUGACGCGGUCGAGGUUCCCCUGAUAUGGAAGGACCCCUGCUUGAUACGGAAGAUGUGCUCGCGCAGAGGCGCCCCACCUCGGCACAAACUGAGCGAUGAAGGGCCGUUGACGGCUUCCGAUCUGUCUGUGGCCGAAAUUUCUCAGCAUAUA